AGGCCUGGGGGUUAUACAAAUUUUUGGUGCAUAUUGUUGGAUAUUAUCAACUUUUACAAAAAUAACUCAACUGUUAUGGGUUCUGCAUGUUAUAAUUUCAAUAUGCGUGAAUACAUGUUUUUAUCAACUGAAUUGAAGAGAGCAAUAAUUGAUUUGAUGCGCGCAAUAUAACUGAAUUGAUGAUAUCUGCAUUUGUUAGAGUUCAUGAUAAUUUGGUGCUCCAUAGAAUUCUCUCUUAAUAACACGAACAACUAUCUCUAAUCUGAUUCACCGCAGUAGUCUGUCUGUAAGAUAACUUAUAGUACUGAGAAAGGGGGGGGGACCAAGAUAUUUUCCCUGCCUUUCGGUUACCUCUUCCACAAGAUUUUAUUAUUGGUAAGAUACCUCUUGAAAGUAGUUGGUAAGAAACUUUGAACAAAAAGUGGACCAAGGUGCGAUUAAGCGCUUAGAAUUGGACAUAAAAUUUGAGCAGUUGAAUUUUCCCCCUUCAAUGUUGAUGUCAUUGACCGCAAGGGAAUUACUCUCUGGGUGACACAAAGACGCGGAAUAAUACAGAAUCUCCGUCAAAUUCAUUAAUUAGCAGAAUAAAUCAUCAACCUUAUGUAUAAUCCAAGAUUCUCAAAAAUCAAUGGGGUAACUCUGAUUAAUAAAAAAAACCAAACAUUGAAAAUGUUCACACCCACCCCUCCCCAUAUGUGUUCAUGUACACUGUCCGUACAAAUCAGUUUUAACUUCAGUCAAAGGUCACUAACUACUAACGAUCUCAAAUAUGGAGACUCUAAUCUGCUUAAUCAGGGAUAAACACGGGGUCACAGACGAUUAAUAGUGGCAAAACUCUCACCAAAUCUGCACCGUUGACAACAGGCUAGUGUGCAUUUAUGGAAAAUGAUAGAAACUGGAGUCAGUUAGUUUAGAGACAAAUCAAGUUGGAGAUACAUUCGCCAUCGAUACCAGUGUCAUAAAAGAUGAUGAGGAUUUGUGUCUUAGUUAUUUUUACAAUCAUUACAGUACUGAUACGCAAUGCUGGUAAGUUUUUCGUUUCAAACAAUUAUUCAUAAUUCUAAUAAAACACGAACGAUUGUUCUCUUCAUGUGUUCCAUAUUUAAAUAAAUAAUAUUUUCACAGGAUAAGUUAUAAAAAAUCAUUUAUUUAUAUAACACCGUCAACCGAAUUCGAAACAGAAUUUGUAUAGCUUCUGUAGUAUUCAUAUUCUGUAAGACACUGGAUAAUACCGGUAUUUUCCUUUUCUUGAAAUACACACUAUAUACUAAAUUCAUUGUUGAAAGUAUACCGUUCCGUUCAUGUCGGAUUUUUUAUUAUUCUAAGUUUAAAACCGCUAUUAAGCCAUCCACAAUCUAAUUAGUUUGGGUAUUCCAAAGGAUUGGUUUUAUACCAAUCCUUUGGAUUACUUAAUACUAAAUACACUGUACAUAUAGCAAGUAUUUGAACAAAUAUUAAUAUAAGAACACAUUAAUCGUGUUCGAAAAAAUUUAAGUCAAGCACUGCAUCAUGCAUAACAAAAAUGACUUUUUAAACACCAAUGCUCCAAAUUGAUAUCAUUAUAUAUCAGACACUAGAGAACAAUGUCUUUUGUAGGUGCAACGUGCACAUUUCCAGACGAACUUCGUGGGAUAUGGUACAGUUCCUCCAAAGGGGAGCUAAAUUUCACCGACUCGACAGUCUAUGGUUAUCCCAUCCAAAUGUCCGCCUUAGUUUCCUCUCUUGACUUCACCUGCGAGGAAAACAGCGGGAAAAUUUACCUUCUAAAAUCGACGACCGCGGUAAUAGCUUUUGGUCAGCUGAUAGAUUCUUAUAUCUGCCUCGACAUUCAGAGAAUAUCUGCCACAAAGUACAGAUACUACAUCGGAACCACCCGAGAGUCUAGCAUCGAUGACUUCGUGUACGGCAUAAUGACACAAACCAAUAUCACCAUGAGUGAUGCUUGCAACAGGGCCACGCCCUAUGAAACAGGAACCUUCAUCACACUGGUCAAAGACGGCAAGUACACCAAUGAUUCUGAAAACAAGUUCAGCACCCAGUUACACAAAAGUUGGUUCCAACUAUUGUUCAGCUGACCAUGUUCUUGAUUAAAUGUCUCCUAAAUAUUAAAAUGUUUUCGUGAAGCAAAGAAUGUAAGUACGCCAUCCAAUCGUCUGGAAUUUGAUGUUGGUGCUUUCAAGCAAGAACAAUGUUUCAAGAAAAUUUCUCCCAAGAAAUAGAACGAUUUUGCAAGCAAAUUUUUUUUAAAGGCGUGUAAGUCAGGAUUUUUUUUUUAAUAUGAAGCAACAAUUUUAUUUUUGUUAAGUAAAGGUGUUUAUUUUCUGCUUUCAUUUCUGCAGUUUUAAUCACGUUGAAUUUACAAUGCAUUAUCGCGGUGUCCCUUCACGUAGACAUUGAAUUGUCCUUCGUUGGUGUUUAUAGACAAGACUUGAAUAGGUAUACUAUUUUAGCACCUAAAAAUAUCGUUCUAUUUUUUGGAAAUAUGAGCACUGUUUGCUAUACAUACAAUUUAUACUGCAUUUUGAGUUGGGCUGAUUGUAUACAUUUUUGUACACAAUAUAUCACACUUACAUGGUGCAAAGGGUUGGAAACCGGGCUGUAUAAAACAUGUAAAAGAACAAGUUAGCGGAAACGUGCGAGUGUAUGUUGAUGGCAAGUGGAUAUCAGUUAGUGAUCCGUAACUACAACCUUUGUGCAACUGAGUUCUAGUAAUCUAAUGAAUUAAUAACUGUAUAAUGUAGAAUUAAAACAAAAAAUCCAAAGAAUUACACAACAGCACGCAGGGUCACAUUUUUGGUGAAUUAUUAUGGUAAACAGGUGAAGUGUACACUGGUUCUGCUCUAGCGACAUGUCCCCCUGACCUUCUGGCAAUCUACUCAUCCGCAACAUUACAGAACUCGGACGCGUCUACAACCUG